AUGGAUGAAUCCUUCGAGGAGGUGGAGGACAUGAUCACAUUGUCCAACCUCACAGAGAAUUCAUUGCUGAGGAACAUUAAGAGUCGCUAUGGCAAGCGUCUAAUCUACACAUAUACGGGCUCGAUCUUGGUCGCCGUCAACCCUUACGAAAUCCUGCCCAUUUACACGCCGGACAUUGUCAAGUCCUACUUCAACAAGCAGCGCGGCUCACUGCCCCCACACAUCUUUGCCAUUGCCGAUGCCGCCUACUCCAGCAUGUUUGAGGACAGGAAGAACCAGUCCAUCAUCAUCAGUGGUGAGUCGGGUGCCGGCAAGACCGAGUCGACCAAGCUCAUCAUCCAAUAUCUUGCCGCACGUACCAACAAGCACAGUCAAGUCGAGCAGAUGAUUGUCGAGUCGUCGCCAAUCCUUGAGGCCUUUGGUAAUGCCAAGACUGUUAGAAAUAACAAUUCAUCAAGAUUUGGAAAGUUCAUCGAGAUCCAAUUUAACACCGAUGGAUACAUCUGUGGAGCUCGAAUUAUCAACUACCUUCUCGAGAAGUCCAGAAUUGCAGUCCAGGCCAAGUCCGAGAGGAACUAUCAUAUAUUCUACCAACUGUUGGCUGGUGCAUCAGAGGAGCUAAAGAGCAAGCUGUGCCUUGGCACCGCCGAGCAGUAUCAGUAUCUCAACCAGAGUGGCUGUAUCCAGAUCGACAGGGUCAACGACGCCGAGGACUACGAACAUGUGCGCUAUGCCAUGAACGUGCUUGGCAUGCCAGAGGACAUCCAGAACACCAUCUUCACCGUCCUGGCCGCCAUACUUCACAUUGGUAAUCUCCAAUUCGCCAAGUAUGAGAAGACCCCUGGCGCUGAAGGUUCACGUGUUACCAACCAAGAUACCCUCAAGAUUGUAGCCAACUUACUUCAACUUGAACCGGCCAAGCUUGAGACAUCUCUCACUAUUCGCCACGUGCUCAUCAAGGGUCAGAAGUUUGUAAUUCCACUGAAGGUCAAUGAGGCUGAGGACACUAGAGACUCAUUCUCAAAGGCCCUCUACGGCAAUGCCAACACAACCUUUAUCGGUGUGCUCGAUAUCUUUGGCUUUGAGAACUUUGCCAAGAACAGUUUCGAACAGUUCUGCAUUAACUUUGCCAAUGAGAAGCUACAACAACACUUCAAUCAACAUAUAUUCAAGCUCGAGCAGGAGGAGUAUGAGAAGGAGAAGAUCAACUGGUCAAAGAUAACAUACAAUGACAAUCAAGAGUGUCUUGACUUGAUUGAGAAGCGUCCACUUGGUAUCUUGUCGUUGUUGGAUGAGGAGUGUCGUUUCCCUCAGGCAUCCGACACCACUCUGCUCGAGAAGCUGCAUGCCAACCAUGAGAAGCACACAUACUACGAGAAGCCAAAGCUGUCCAAGACAACAUUCGUCGUGAAGCAUUACGCUGGUGAGGUCAGCUACAUCACCCAGGGCUUCCUCGACAAGAACAAGGACACCCUGGCCGACGAUUUGCUGAUCAUGCUACAGACAUGCAAGAACAAGUUCCUCGUUCAACUGUUCACACCCAAGGACCAGUCGGGCGACGACGAGGGCGACAAGGGUGGCAGCACCAACACGAUGAAGAAGAAGACGACAGCUGGUGGUCAGUUCAAGACACAGCUGCAGUCGCUCGUCAACAUUCUCUCAUCGACCUCGCCUCACUACGUGCGUUGCAUCAAGCCCAACUCAGUCAAAGAGCCACUGACCUUUGACGACGACCUCGUCCAGGCACAGCUGCGAUACGCAGGAAUGAUGGAGACUAUUAGGAUCCGUAAAACAGGUUACCCUAUCCGUCACACACUCAAGGAGUUCCGCGAUCGCUACCUGUUGCUAAGCCCAGGCGCACUCAACCCCGACCACAAGACCACAUGCGCCAGCCUCAUCAAGCGCGUGACUGCCCAGGAGUAUCCAGGCAUUGACCCAACUGAGUGGCAGCUCGGUGUCACCAAGGUGUUCAUCCGUGAUCCCCAGUUCCGCAAGCUCGAGGAGUACCGCAAGGUCAAGCUGAUCAAGCAUGUGUUGCUCAUCCAGGCCACCUACCGUAUGCAUCGUCUGCGUCGCCGCUUCCUCGAGGUGCGCGCCGCCUCCGUGUUCUUACAGACUUUGGUUCGUGCAACAAACGCACGCAGAGAGCUGGUCGAGCAGCAGCGCGCCGCCACCGUCAUCCAGAGUCUGUGGAAGAUGGUCAAGGUGCGUCGCGAGUACCUCCAGACCCGUGCCAACAUCACCAAGGUACAGACAUGUGUGCGCGCAUUCCUUGCACGCAAGAGAACCGCCGAGCUGGUGCAAAUGCAGCGCGAGCGUGUCAAGCGUCUGGCCGAGAUUCAGGCCGCCGAGAAGAAUGCCGCAGAGAAGGCCAAGAUGGAGGCAGUCGAGCGCGAGAAGAACGCUCGCGAGGAUGCCUCUCGCCAAGAGCAGGAGCACAAGCGUAUGGCUGCAGAGAAGACUGCCAAGGAGCAGGCCGAGACCGCACGUCGCGAGGAAGAGGCCACCAAGAAGACACAGGCACAGAAGGCGCAGUUGGCCGAGCUUAGACAGCUGGACGACAUCUCCAGUCUGCAGAGCCAGCUGCAGGAGCAGCAAAAGAACAACAUUCAGGACAUGGACAAUAUGGUCUACUCGAUGGAUUCCUUCUCAUUCGAGGGAGGCGUCGGUGCCGACGAAGCCAUGCCCUACUCAUACAACUCCAAGAUGUACGAGAUGGAGCAAGAGUCGCUCGAGCAGAUCUCGCUCACCGAUCUCCUGCAAGGACUCAAGCAGACCAUCAAGACUGUCACCAAGAUCGAGGUCGACGACGAGAAGUUCGCACUGCCACCCGGCAUUGAGAACGUGCUCAAGCGUCUUCCACCACCCGUACCAAGCACAUCCAAGCGCCCCGUCCCCGCACGUCCAGACUCCAGUCUCCCACUGCCACCUCCACCACCUACUGGCGAGUCGCCAGUAUUGCUUGGAAUGCCACCUCCUCCACCCGCAUUCGAUCUGCCACUGCCACCACCACCUCCAGCUUCGGCCUACGGCAACCUGCCCCCACCUCCCCCACCAAUGCUCUCAAUGUUUGGCGAGUUCCCUCCACCUCCACCUCCACCCGAGUCUGUCUACGGUCAGAUUCCAGUCAUUCCCAAGCGCCCAACCACUGGUCCAGCCGCCCUCGCUUCAUCAGCAUCAUCUGGCGCUGGCGCAUCGGUUGCUGGCGGCGCAGCAUCGGGCAAGUCGAGCACAGCUGCUACCAACGCGAACAUUAGACCAUUGAUCACAGACGAGGAGAUCUCAUUGUACUCAUUCUACGACUAUGCCAACAAGCACUUUGCGACUGACAAGCAUCAGAAGCAGAAGGAGAAUAUCUUCUCAUACCAGCGCUCGCAGAUCAAGUCAUCACUGCUUGCUCUCGAGACCUCUGAGCACAUCAAGGUGGCUGUCGAGGUGUUUGCACGCAUUAACACAUACAUCCACGCAAAGAAGAACGAGUCGGCAUCAGCUGAGCACCAGUUUGGCCCAGUCAAGUACGUACUGGCCAAGGGUCUGGCCACCGAGCAGCUUCGCGACGAGAUCUACUGCCAGCUCAUCAAGCAAUCGACCAACGCACCCUCACUCGAGGCCCGUCUUCGCGUGUGGGAGCUGAUCCACUACACUUGCGCCACAUUCUCGCCAUCGCGUCGUCUCAUCAAGUACUGCGCAUCAUACAUCAAGAACACUGCCAACACUGAGGUCGCCGCCAAGUCGGUCAAGGACACCGCACAGGCAUCCUACAACCUCUUGCAACGCUUUGCCAACAUCCAAGGCAACGCGUCGCGUAAGAUGGUCCCAUCGAUGGCCGAGCUCGAAUCACUACGCGAGCUCCGCCCAAUCUUUGUUAGGAUAUCAAUGAUGGAUGGCAGCUUCAAGGGCUACUACGUAGACUCAGCCACCACCUGCACUGAGGCCUCCAACGAGUUGGCCGCACGUGCACAUCUCAGCGACAAUGGCUGCUCUGCCAACGGAUUCUCGAUCAUCGAGUCGAUCAAUGGUAUUGAGCGCGACCUGGCUGCCGACGACAAGAUCUCGGACAUCCUGGCUCGUGUCGAGUCACUCCAAGCGACCAUGAGUGCUAAGCUCACCAUCAACUUCAAGAUCCUCUUCAAGAAGCGUCUCUUCCUCAAGAACGAGGAGGCCGCCAGCGAGCUGGAGCGCGAACUCACCCUGCUCCAAGUGUACUCAGACCUUAUGAAUGGCCACUUUGUCGACGGCAACACUGACUUCUUGCUGUCGAUUGGUGCCAUGCGCCUCCAGAUGGACUCUGGUGACUUCUCUGAUGACACCAAGGCAUGGUUGCGCGGCAACGGUCGUGGCAAGUACUUCAACACUGCCAUUGAGAAGGGUCACAUGGACCAGUUCAUUUCCAAGUACACGGCUCUGAGUGGCACCAGCCAAGAGGACGCCAAGCGUCGUCUACACGAUCUGGUGUUCGCCCACCCCCUCGCUGCCAAGUCACUCUUCCUGUGCGAGCAAACUGGCCACUCAGACGUGCCCAAGGCCUUCAUCUUCUCGCUUACCAUCGCGGGCAUUGAGUUGUAUGACCGCGCCACCGCAAAGAUCUGCGGCGCACCAAUUCGCUAUGCCAGCGUCCCCGCCAACAAUCUGGUGGCCGGCUCCAACAACAAGACAUUCUCGAUGCCCAUGCCUACUGGCGCACCACUUGAGGUGCACUGCGCUGACGCAGCCAGGAUCAUCGCCUUGAUCAAGGACUAUGCCCUGCUUCUGCGCACCAAUGCCAAGUUUGCACGUGCCCUUCGCGACUACACUGUCAACGACGACACUCUGCUUAGCUUCAAGCGCGGUGAUGUCAUCACCAUCACUACCAAGGAUCACGAGAACAAGUGGUACAUUGGAACACUCAAUGGCAAGGAGGGAUCAUUCCCAGUGGACUACGUCGAGAUCCUUUUGACCGACUCACUGCAGUCGGCUGCCAACUCGGCAUAUUCCUCACCCGCUGUCGCCUCGCCAGUUGUGUCGGCUGCCGCAUCGGCCUCACCCGCCACUGCCAGCCCACCAAUCGCCCCAAGACGUCCAGUCAGCGGCACCGCAGCCCCACCAUCAAUCCCACCAAGGACUCUGCCAACGCCACCAGUCACACCACCCGCAACUCCAGUCAUCCCGCCAAGGAACCUGCCAACUCCACCACCACCACGUGUCGCCUCUAUGCCACCUCCUCCCCCACAGGAGACAUCGAUGCCACCUCCACCACCACCACCAACCAUUCCCUCGCCCCCAGAGCUCGGUACUCCACCACCAAUGCUCCAGACUCCGCCACCACCAAUGAACCUGGCACCUCCACCCUUGCUCUCAACACCAACCCUGUCGUCUGCAAACUUGGUCGCCACCCCAUCUGCCAGCGCCAGCGAGCAGACAGCUUCAUCAGCCUCAGAGGAAUCACGUCUCUCUGCCCGUCUUUCAAACAACAGCAACCCAGACAGCAACGACUCGUCGUUCAAUGGUUGGGCACAGCAGAGAUACAGGUCGUUCCGUCGCAGCGUCACCAACAGCACCAUCUCCAAGAAGAAGACUGUUGCCGACCCCAGCUCUGUAUACUACUUCACAAAGGACCCAAUCAAGGAGUCGUUGAUGGAGCUCGAGUCCAAGCUGUCCAAGAAGGCCGUCAGCGUGUUCCAACAGGUGAUGUCCUACAUGGGCGACUAUCCAAUGCACAAGGCUUCAAUGUCAUCCCUUGCCCAAGAGGUAGUGGAGGCUGGAGUCCAGGCUGUUGAGUUGCGUGAUGAGCUCUACUGCCAGGUCUACCGUCAGACCAACAAGAACCCCAAGCCCGAGAGCAUCAAGCGCGGUUUCGAGCUGAUGUACUGCAUGUCCAAUGCGUACGGCCCAACCGACUCGCUCAAGGCUUCGUUCGUCGACCAGCUGAUGGCUCGCCACAUCGAGGCACAGUCCAACGAGAACCACGCACUCGCACUCCUAAUCCACUCAAUCAUCGAUCGUCUUGAGAACCCCGCCUCCAACGGCCGUAAGCACGGACCAUCCACCACAGAGAUCAACGACCUCCAGCGUCCAUACGAGAUCGCCACAUGCAAGGUUCGCUCAGUCACUCAGCAGAUGCUGGCCAUCAAGGUGGACAGCCACACCAACGCCAAGGACAUGGCUGCCGAGGCACUGACCCAGUUUGGAAUCACCCAGUCAAUGGCCCGCAACUUUGGCCUGUUCCAGGUCAACGACGUCAUUGGCAUCUGCCGUCCACUGGGCGAUGCCGACAUAUUGUACGACGUGAUGUCAUCAUGGGAGCAGAUGGCCGAGAGCGACAAGCGUAUCGACGACCAGGACUUCUACUUCCAGAUUCGUCGCAAGUACUACCUGGACGACGUCAGCAAGAUCAUGGAGCAAGAGCACAUGUGGACUGGCGACGAGACCGCAUUCGAGUUCACAUUCGCUCAGGUUCGCGAGGAGUGGAUGCGUGGCAUCUACAUGAUCGACGAGAAGGACACAUCGUACGCCGCCGCCAUCCUCAUCCAGAUUGCCUAUCCAAAUCAAUCAAAGUUGCAGAUCGCCAACAAGGAGCUACUGCGCUCGGUGAUCCCUGACUCUUUGUUCCAAGGCCAGAACAUCAAGUACUGGUCGUCCAACAUUGAGGCACAUAUCUUUGAGCUGGUGUCCAACACAUCGGACGAUCUCAAGCUGCUGUUCAUCAAGCAGAUGGGCAAGAGCGAGUUGUUUGGCUGCACAUUGUUCCACGUGCACCAGCGCGACAACCCACCCAAGGCCAUCCUGGCCAUUGGUCGCAAGGGUAUCGCUGUGUUUGACGCCUCGUCGCCCAAGGACGUCAAGGUGUUCUACACAUUCCAGAGCAUCUCCAACUGGGCAUUCACUGACAAUGCCUUUGUCAUCACCACUGGCAACCUAAUGAAGCCUGUCAAGAACUCGUUCCAGACCACCGAGUACUCUGCCAUCAGCUCAGUUUACCAGUUCUAUUCAAACUAG